AUGUUCACCAAAGUCUCCGCCACCGCUGCGGUCCUCGCAUUCGUUACUGCUCAAGCAUCCGCCUUGUACUUCCCGAGGCAUGGAUGUGAUAUCUCCAAGGCUACCUUCUCCGUGCCCGCUGGUCUCACAGCUCCAACCACUGGCCCGUCCUUCAUUGGAUUGGCUGCCGGUGUGCAAAACUACACCUGCACCGCGUCCACCUCCACCUGGACGAACGUCGGUGCCGUCGCCGAGCUCGUCGAUGGCUCGUGCCUCUACUCCACCCCUUUCUUCAACUCCGCGGUCGACCACAUCUAUGGAGCAUGGGAGAAGGCUCCUGCCUCGGUCACCACCCAGGAAAUCAUUUCCACCGCCGCCAAGUUCCCGACGAAGCCUGAGGUCCUCGGGCAGCACUACUACGUCCCCUCGCCCUCCGGCACGGGCGUCAGCCCGAAAUGGGACUUCACCAGCGCCUCUUUCAAGGGCAACUCCGAGGCCUUCGUCGUUGCCUCGAAGACCGCGGCCGUGAACGCGCCCAACGCCGCUACUGACAUUACCUGGGUCUUCCUCACUGCCGUUGAGGGAGAACUCGCGGACAAUGUCUACCGUGUCCAGACCCGCGGCGGUCAGCCUCCUGCCUCCUGCACUCCCGGAACGCCCGACAUCUCCGUGAAAUACGCGGCUCAGUACUGGUUGUACGGCGGCGAGAUCAAGCACUGA